AUGUUGGACUAUAGUUUUUCAUAACAAUUUUCUAUAGUAUCUCAUUUAGGCAGAACGUAUUCGAUAUCAAAAAUGAUAAAGUUAAGAAAUGUAAAAACAUUUAAUAGAAUAAUUAGUUUUACUCAAAAUAAUGCGGUGCGGCCGGCAGUCUUGGUUUGUCGAAAAAAUGCAGAUACCGCGCCUAAAACAUGGUAUAAUCACUUGCCCCACACUAUUCUUCAAAUACAUACAGGGCAAAUGUUGCAGAAGCAUAGCAAAAAAUCUAGGCAACAGGACGAUGAAAGUGAUAGUGACGAUGAGAGUGGAGUGGAAUUUAAAGAUGAAAGAGAUUCCAAAGUGCUUAAGACAAGUGUCAAUUCAUUGAGAGCGGAUUUGGUAAUUAAAGCUGGAUUAGGAUUGGCUAGGAACAAAGUAGAGGCUAUUUUCUAUGAAAGUAAAGUACGUGUUAAUGGCAAAAAACUGAACAAGAAAAGUGUACAACUUAAUGUGGGAGAUGAGAUUGACGUAGUACGUGGUUUCAGUCAAGCGAAUCCAACCCAUCUGGUGGUGUCUCGUGUUGUUGUGCUCGACGUUAGUGAGCGUGAGGAAGGCUUUGUCGUACAAUUGCGGCGUUAUAAAUCACUACUUAUAGAGAAUUACUCAGGUGCUAAUGCCUACAAGUCAUCAGAUGCUGUGCAGCACUGACGCAAUGUAAACUAAUUUAAAUUUCUAUUUAUUUUUUAUAAUAGGAGUAUUCAUCUAAAUGCGAAUACGUCUCGUAAGCAAGUAAACCUCGUAAACUUACUUUUGUAUUUUAAACCGGUUCAUUUACGAGGUUUGCGCGGCAUUCAAGUUUACAUGAAAAUUAUGCAAAUACAGGAUUAUCGAAAAAAAUAGA